AUGUCUCGACCAACCGGUCUCAUCGCCUCAAAAGGCAUUGAGCUUCUCACCUGGGGCACACCCAAUGGCCUCAAAGCCCAGAUCCUUCUCGAGGAACUUCGUGAUGCUUACGGCAAAGACUACACCAUCCAAGGCAUUGACAUUAGCAAAGGGGUCCAAAAAGAGCCUUGGUUCACUGCCCUUAAUCCCAAUGGUCGUAUCCCCGUGUUGGUCGACCAUGAUAACAAUGGCCUCGCUGUCUUUGAAGGGAAUGCUAUUCUGAGCUACCUGACGAGAAAGUAUGAUCCGGAGUAUAAGUUCUCUUUCAAGAUUGAUGAUGAUGAUUAUACUCGUGCGGAAUCGUGGAUUGGAUGGCAACAUGGUGGGAUUGGACCUAUGCAAGGUCAAACCCUACACUUUCUCUACGAUACCAAAUCAACAAUGCCAUACGGUAUCCAGCGCUACGUUGGAGAAACCGAGCGUCUCUACGGUGUUCUAGACAAGCGUCUUUUGGAGAGAGACUACAUCGUUGGCCAUGGUAGAGGCCGUUACUCCAUCGCGGACAUUGCCCUCAUCGGCUGGGCCGACCGUCUACCGCGAACUACAAUCUCAUGGGACCAAUAUCCCAAUGUAAAGGCUUGGUUUGCUCGCAUGCUUGAGAGGCCUGCUGUCCGACGUGGCAUGUUACUACCUUCUAAGGAGGAAAAGCCGACGGGGCUGGACCCUGUGGAUGAAAAGACGAGGAAGAAGCGUGAAGAUCUCAAGGUGGUUGUUGAUGAGGCUAAGGAGCAGUUUGGAUACAAGUAUUCUUCACCGUAA